UUUUUUUUUUUUUUUCGCGCUUCUGCUGGGCGGUGGUAACUGGCAGAAAGUUUACUGAAGGCGGUGUAUACUAUGGCCUGAGGUGUCGGUUUGCUUCCGCCCGAUUGGGAAAUGUUGGCUACUCCGCGGUUCCACGACAUCGCUUCAAGCCUGUUGAACAUCUUGCGCUCUCCAUCACAGCCAGGAACAGUACAAUACACGACAUCAUCAUGGCAGAAAUCGCCUUUGCAAAAUCCUUCCUCUCCGCCCUCGACCCCAAACCCGUCAAGCUACGCGCCGACUAUGUCCUCCCCCCGGAACAAGUAGACCUUCGCGGUCCGUACCUCCUCCCCCGCCUUCCCCCGUCUCAUCCACCCAUGCCCAAGAAAACCAAGUCCACCACGGCCCCAGGCUCCUCGAAAUCAAUCACCAUCCACCUAAAAUCCACCCGCAACCCUUCCCUCGAAUUCACCCUCCCCACCGCCCCCCUUACCACGACAUCCGUGGAGGAUCUGAAAGACGCUGUGCGCGAGCGCGUCGUCGAUGCCAGCGGUAACAAUGUCUCUGUUGAGAAGAUUAAGAUACUGUAUAAGCGGAAGCCGGUUUCUGGGAAGACGGUUGCUGAGGUUUUGGCUGGUGCUGAUGAUGGGUUGCUGGGUGGGGGGAAGGAGGUUGAGUUUGGGGUUAUGAUUAUGGGGGGUGCGACUGUUGUUGAACCUCCUGUGAGUAGGACUGGAACUGGGACUGAGGAGAAGGGUGGAGGUGAAGGGGAGGUUACGGCGAAGCCGGUUGUUGGGCCGAGUGGGGAGGAUGUUUUGGAGACGGAGGCGUUCUGGGAUGAUUUGCAAGGUUUCCUUAUGCAGAGGGUUAAGGAUGUGGAGGAGGCGAAGAGGUUGAGGGGGUUGUUUAAGGGGGCUUGGAGUUCAGGGAGGUGAUUUUCAUAUAUAUUUAAUUGGAUAUAGAUGAUACCUUGAAUGUGGAUAUGAUUUGACAUUCGAUGUUCUGUAUGGCAUUUGAUUGACUCGGUCGAAAAAGAAUACCUACUUCAUACGGAGUGUCAUGUAUCAAGCGACGUUCAAAGCAGUCACUAUAAAACGGACAUCUACAGCAGGCA